GAUCGUUUCUAUGGCCGAUGAGAAGAAAGCGCAGCCAGCCUCCAAGAAGGGCGCUAAGAAAAUCAUCAAGAAGGCGCCGGGGAAAGCCGGCAAGAGAAGGAAACGGUCCAGGAAAGAAAGUUACGGCAUCUACAUCUACAAAGUGAUGAAGCAGGUUCACCCCGACACCGGCAUCUCCUCCAAGGCGAUGAGCAUCAUGAACUCGUUCGUCAACGAUAUUUUCGAGCGUAUCGCGGGGGAGGCUUCCCGCCUGGCCCAUUACAACAAGCGCAGCACCAUCAGCUCCCGGGAGAUCCAGACCGCGGUGCGGCUGCUGCUGCCCGGGGAGUUGGCCAAGCACGCCGUGUCGGAGGGUACAAAGGCGGUGACCAAGUAUACCAGCUCUAAGUGAGACCCCACAUUGUGCUGAGAAAACACAUCCAAAACCCAACGGCUCUUUUCAGAGCCACCCACAACUUCGCUGAAACAGCUGAACCAACUUUGUGCAAAUGAUUUUCGGUAUGUAUUAGUAAUGUCAGUCGGCUUUUUAAAAAUAAUGUAAUUGUUUAAGAACUUGAUGUGUGGUCCCUCAUCUGCCCUUUAUUUUAGGUUGCAGCCAUACCCUGUCUCGUUUCCCUGUAUCUGCAAAGAGCAUAAUUAUCUCCAAUGAAUCAUUUAUCAACAACUUCCACUUUUUGAACCACUUUUCGUUUGUAAAUGAUUCUCGGUGUCUAUAAUUAAUGUCUCUAAUCUUUAUCUUUGUUUACACAAACGUUCUAAACAUUAACGUGCGGUCCCUGUCCCUCUGUCGGUUACUUUCGGUUGCCUUCCUACCCAGUCUCUCUUCCCUCCCUGUACAGAAAGCACAUUCAUCGUCACUCAGUCAUUUUUUUUCAACAACUCCUGUGUUCCAGUUAUUAUUUACCCCUUGAUCAGGAAUUUCACCCCCUAGAAAGAAAACUAACUGCUCGAGUCCCAUGAACAGAUCUUGCAGAAUACUUGUCAUUUCAGGAUUUCAGCUGUCGGUGAGAGGCUUUCAAAAUGAGCUGAGAUAAAGCCAGAGCCAGGAUUGCAGUCGCAAGUGUGAAACUGUGUGUUCAAGGAGAAUAUGGGAGGGCAACUUCCAACUAUUGUUUCAAGUUUUAACCCGUUCACCCCGAAAAACGUUGUGGUAUGAAGGCUGGAUUCAUCCGUGGUAAUGAAAAGUUUGAUCGCUUAUUUGAGUCCCAUUAAGAGAAAUGCCGUGCGAUUCCUUUUUCAAUUUCCAAAUCUGUAAGGGAAUUUAUCCGAUUUUUUUCAGUUUGCAGUGUGUGGGGCUUUCUGCUGUCGGUGAGUGUUUCAAAAUGAGCCGAGACCGACCGGAAAGACUGAUCCAGCACAAUAAGUGAGGGCUAUUUUACCAUGUUUUCUGAAAACGGUGUUGCUUAGGAAGUGACAGAGAUUGUGAAGUGAACAUUUUUAACUGAAAGGAAAUUAAAUCGUAGGCAUGAACGCAAAAAUCCUGGUUAAAAACUCUUGGUCGUAUUGCCCAUGUUGGCGGGCUUUUCAAAUCGGACAGAAAACGGUUUAUGAUUUGGCGCCCGUAUUUUCCUACGGUUUCCACGCAGAGGAAUUUUGUUUUAUUUUCAAAUCUCCCCGCGGGUUCUAUCCGGUUUUGCAGAAAGCUGUAAAUGAGGCUUUCUGUUGUCGGCGGGAAAAUUUCCAAGUGAACCGAGAGGAAAGCAGAACAGCUGCCGGACUGGCAUCGCAAAAGUGGAAAUAUUGUUGAUCUUGUGCAAUCGGGAGAGCGAUUGUAAAAUAUUGUUUAAAGCAGGAAUGCGCUCAACGGGAAAGAAACAGUUGUGAUACUUUUAUCAAUAUAACCGGGUGCUGAUGUGUAAUAAAUUCAAUCUGUGCAGAGAAUAACUUUCGGCGGGCUUUUCUUUCCCGCUUCCACUUAUUCUUCAGUUUUUGCGGGGAAAAAAGAACUUCAAGAUCAAAAAUAGACGGAUUCAACUAGGCCGGGGAAUCAGAGAUUGUGUGAAGUAUACAGUUGUAUUCUAAAAGUAAAUUAUCUGGAAUAUGAACGCAUUCUUCUUUGUAAAUCUUCUACCCGUUUGAAACUAUUGGAUGGCUUUUCGAGUUUGAAAGAAAGCGGUUGAUGAUUUGGUGCCGGGGUUUUCCGGCCUCCUCCCCGGGCCCUCUCCGGAUUGGUGAGUGAAGCAGAUAUCUGAUUGGACAUUGAAACGACAUUAGGAGAUACUGAAAAAUGUGACCAAUCAGCAAUGGCCG